AUGAUUCAACCUCAGACCCAUUUAAAUGUAGCGGAUAACAGCGGGGCUCGAGAAUUGAUGUGUAUUCGAAUCAUAGGAGCUAGCAAUCGUCGAUAUGCUCAUAUUGGUGACAUUAUUGUUGCUGUUAUCAAAGAAGCAGUACCUAAUAUGCCUCUAGAAAGAUCCGAAGUAGUCAGAGCGGUAAUUGUGCGUACCUGUAAAGAACUCAAACGUGACAACGGAAUGAUAAUACGAUAUGAUGACAAUGCCGCCGUUGUUAUUGAUAAAGAAGGAAAUCCAAAAGGAACUAGAAUUUUUGGUGCAAUCGCCCGAGAGUUGAGACAAUUCAAUUUUACUAAAAUAGUUUCAUUAGCUCCCGAAGUAUUAUAA